AUGAGCUCUUAUGAAUUUUCCUCCAGUGAUCCUCUUAAAGUAAGGAAAAAAGCUGUUGAAAGUGAUGAGGAUGACGAAAGCCUGGAAGAUCUAGUCGAGGAGAACGGGUUCCUGAGCAAAUCUGUCUCUCAGCGAAUAAAACGACAUAAGUACUUAGCCUCAUAUAAUUCGGAUUCCUCAGAAGACGACGAAAGCGAUUCAGAUGGUCCUGUACGACAGAGAGAGGGCACAGGAGCGAUUACCGAAGGUCAAGAUAGUGAAGAUAAAAAUGAUAUGUUCUCACUAGAGGACGAAGAAGAAGUUGGCAAUGAAGGGAAUGAGGAAAGGAAGGCAAGACGGUUGAAGGCUCUGGAUAUUAACAAAUUCAAUGAAGAAAAUUUAAAAAACCUGGGUUCAGAGACAGAUGAUGUCGGGUUUAACGAGGAAGAAGGCUCAAUAAGAAUAGAGGCUUUUAAUAUCGAGGAAGAAUCAAAACGUGGUAUGUUCGAUGAAGAUGGGAACUAUAUGGAAGCAGAGGAACAUGAAGAUGAUGUUUUCCAAGAUCAAGAUAUGUGGAUUCGAGACUUCAAGGACGUCAGUAAAACUGCAGAAGCACAAAAGAAGUUGGCGAAGAGCCAGGUACAACAACAACGUGAAAGCCAAAAGCGGAAAAAAAUUUAUAUGCUAGAUGAGGCUCUAAUUAGACUACAGUAUUUGCUUUCCAAAGAUGAUACCGUGUUGGAUACAUUGGGAAAGUAUAACAAACUGCGAGAGAAGCAAGCGCGCCAGAAAGUUUUGGAUUCUAGUGGUAGAAACGUUAAGGAAUACGUUGUAAAUGCCAUAAAUUUGCUAGCUGAUCUUGUGGCAAUUCUGGAAAGCAAAGGUGUCAGCAAUGUAUAUGAAUUAAACAGGCCUCACAUCGAAACAUUGAUUAAAGAAGAGUCGUUAACAGCGGAGACCACCGACAACUACAAAACAGGACUAUGGCAUUUCAAGUGGAUGUCAAAAAUGGAUGAUAUUCAUGGAUUAUAUACAAACUAUCAGAUGCAGUACUGGAAACAGACUUAUUUUAACCACAAAGUUGUCGUAAAAUACCGGGACGAGCAAGAUGAGAAAAGUAAUUGGUUGGAUAUAGAUUGUGUAACGUUCAUGUAA